CUAAAACAUAAUACAGUGCAACCAAACCAACCACCCAAAGAUAACAGUACAUACAAGCAAGCGUCGUCAGGCAGGCCGGGUCAAUAUCAAUAGGGCAGGUAGGUACAGGGGGAGCAAGCGGAGAUUGGUCGGGGUCACAGGCCAGGUUCAGCAGGUAGCAAGCAGCGUAGUACAGAGGGUCAGGCAGAGGGAUGGUCAGGAGCGAGCCGGGAUCAGAGCAGGAGAAGUCAGCAGCGGUUCAGAAACAGGAUGCAGGACAGACACAGGAUACAGGAUACAGGGCCCAGGACAAACACAACACCAAGGCAGAGUCUGUGGGUCUGGCC